CUGCAUUUAAUUUAUAUGCAUGAUUACAUUAAUGUAUGCUAAUCAAUCGUCGACUCCUCUACUUAUUUAGCCCGGAGUUUUGGACCUUUGAAUAAAGAACGUUAACAGUGACAACUACCCAAUGAAAGCUGUAUUAUUUAAUGCUAAUUAAUAGGCGACAGUUGUUUUGCUCACUCCUAUUUUCUCAUUUGACCAAUACCACCAUUUUCUCUAAAAUUUGGUCAAUUUUGCAUAUCUUGAUCCUCUCCCUUGUUCUAUCUUCUUGAUCAUUCCCAGAAACAUAUCACACACACACACAAGUACAAUCUGUGUGUUUUGAGGAUAUAUAUAUAUAUAUAUAUAUAUAUAUAUAUAUAUAUAUAUAGAGAGAGAGAGAGAGAGAGAGAGAGAGAGAGAGAAUUAAGAUCUCAAUGGAAAAGCAAUCAUCUAAGUCGAAGAACAAAAUACUGAGGUUUCUACCGAAAGCAGCUAAAGCAUCAUUUUCAUUCCAAAACCCUUCCUUAAGCCCGGGCCGAGAUAAACGGGCUAAUGGAAGUUCGCAGAAGCUCAAAUCCCAUCUAUACCGGGCUUUCUCCGGCCCGAUCAUUUCUAUGAUUCCAGCUGAAGCCCGAGAGGAGUCCACGAGUUUCGAAACGCAAGAGCCAACUUCGCCCAAGAUCUCAUGCAUGGGCCAAAUCAAGCACAAGAAAACGAUCUGCAAACUGCACCAGCACGCUUCUUUGCCCACAGAAUUCGGGCCCGUUUUACAUUCUCAGCCCGAGAGGAUAAGCAAAACCCUGUUGCCCGGCCCGGCGGCGGAGCUCAAGAAGAAGCCGGCGGGAAUUAAAAAGAAUUUCGGCGGUAGAAGAAAAUCCGAUGAUUCGAUUAAUCGCGGAAAGCCGCCGCUUCCAGAUAGGGCGCCGUGCCUGAGCCAGAUGAUGAGAUUCGCCAGCAGCCGCGAUACGUUUGCGUCUUAUGAUUGGGCGACGGCGGACGGCGCCGGCGAGGAUUGGGGAAGCUACAGCGACGGUGAUGAAGACGCCGUUGUUCCAAUGUUGGGCGGAGGCGGAAUAGUGUUGGAGCCGAGGAGGGAGAUUAAUUUGUGGAAAAGGAGGACCAUGCCUCAGCUUAAGCCUCUCCAACUCACUACUCUUUGUUAGACGCAAUAAUUUUAAUUAUUUCUUUUGUUUUACCCCCAAAAAUUUAAGUUGCGUUACUUAUUUUUUGGUUUCAUUUCAUGGUCAAGAACGUGUAUGAAGGAGUGAACGCAAAUUAUAAAUAUUGCUUAUAUUUUCUGCCA